AGGAUAUACUAGUUAUCUGUAGUCUAACAAUGGUUUUUCUCUAUUUGUUUAGUUUUGUCUACUGGUGUUGCUCUCUCCAUGGCUUUCAGUGUUCGAUCCUAAUCGUUGUUGGCCUGUUAUUAGCCAAUGAUUUACUUUCUUAUCUUACUACCUCGAGAGUAAGGUACGGGGUAUAUAGGCGUUGGUCUGCAGCGGGAUGAAGGGUAGUCGCUGGGAGUUAUUGACGGUUUCUUAUAACUAUCUGGCAUUUCCU